CAGAAACACACUCGCACAACACAACACGCGCGGGUCACCUGUAGCUGGAGCUACAACUAGAAGUGGGACAUGGCCUUCACCGGAGACGCCGACGGUUUCGCCCUCGACUUCAUCCGCGAGCACCUGCUCGGCGGCGGCGGCGGCCCUGUGGAUAGCACCGUAGACCCCGACGACCUCACCUUCCCGGUUCCGCCACCUCAACCAGAAUUCGAGCCCACCAUGCCGUUCUUGCCGCCGCCGCUGCCGCCGCAGCAGCAUGGGUACAUCGACAUGGACCCGACCAACGAGUACAUGGGCGAGGCGGCGGUCGCGUUCCCGGAUCCGGAGCCGCCAGCGCCACCGGUGGUAAUAGCGUUUGGAAGCCAGCCCUCGUCCCCCGUCAGACAGCCUCUGACCAUCGCCGUGCCCCCGAGGCCGUACGCUUCGGCGGCAGCAACGGCGCCGCCCGCCGCCGCGGCCGAGGCCGUGGAGGACUUCCGCAAGUACCGCGGCGUCCGGCAGCGGCCCUGGGGCAAGUACGCGGCGGAGAUCCGCGACCCGAAGCGGCGGGGCUCGCGCGUGUGGCUCGGCACCUACGACACGCCCAUCGAGGCCGCGCGCGCCUACGACCGCGCCGCCUUCCGCAUGCGCGGCGCCAAGGCCAUCCUCAACUUUCCCAACGACGUCGGCACCCGCGGCGCCGACUUCUGGGCACCGCCGCCGCCCGCUCCGGCGAAGUCGAAGAACGCAGCCACGGCGACCACCGCGACGAACAAGAGGAAGCGGCAGCAGCUGCUGGUGGUGGAGGACCCCGACGACGACGACGUCGAGGUGAUCGCCGUGGUGAAAAAAGAAGCGUACGACCAUGGCCAGGUGGUCCCUGCUUACUCGUCGUCGACGUCCCAGGGCCAGGUGUACUCCUCCGCCUCUCAGUCGUCGUCCAUGUCGACGCGCGAGACCACCGCGACCGCCUCGUCGACGGUGACGUCGUCUCCUACGGAAGAGACGGGACCGGGUGCUGUGGGGAUCCCCAUGACGCCGUCGAGCGGGAACUGGGAGCAGUACUGGGAGGCAUUGCUCGGCACCCUGCCGCUGCUCUCGCCGCAGUCGCCCCAUCCGGCGUUGGGCUUUCCCCAGCUUACCGUUACCUGAUUAAUUACAGCCGUGUUUGGAUAAGCCAGGAUUUCACCCAAACCUUUUGGAUCGCCAUGGAAAUAGUCGGUUCAUUUUCCAUUCCAAUCCAAGGGGAUCGGGCCUACCAUCAUCAACAUCCGAAACAAGCCAAAUGUGAAUGCCCAGCGUCAUACUGGUGCAGAGCGUAAACGAAGAAACUACUAGCUAGAUUUAAUUUAUUUACGGAGAGGUGCAUACGUGUACAUAGUUCGAUGCUUGUUAAGAGUAUGAGCAAAGGAUUUGGCAUUUUUAAUAGGUUCGACAUUGUAAGUUAAUUCGAGUUAAUUUGCAUUGUUUAAUGUAGUUCUUGGAUUCUGCUACUCUGUAGUCAUUUGUA